CGUCUCAGCCCGGUUCUCCUGGAUCAUGAUACACAGCUGCAGGACCAGCUGAGGCGCCGAUUCCAGGAACGUCUCCAGCAGCCGAAGCAUGUUGACGUCAGCAUACUCGAACAUCAUGGCCCAGUACCAGCGGCGCUGAUGCUCCUUCUGCCGACGCGACAUGAGGCCGAGGAGGGAGUCAAGGAAAACAGGCAGGACAGCAGCAGCCCUCCAGGACAGGAGCUGCAUUAGAUCAUGCAGUCUAUUUGUGGACUUUGCCACUCCAGAGAGAUCUGGGCGCUGACUUGUCUCCAUUGUAAACCUCACAGACAGAGUUUGGCUGAUUCCUGUGUUCUCUCUGCAAUGCAUGAAUGGGAGUCUUUAGAUUACGAGCCCUCACUCCCUGUUUCGGAGAAGUCAAACCCCCUGACGCAGGACAUUGACCGAGCUUCACCUAGUUGCAUAGUGAGCAUGUUGCAAAACUGUGACGCCGAGAUGUUUCGCAAAGAGAUAGCAAGCACUUACCAGACACUUUUUUGUGACGAAGUGGUGAAAUCCAUGUUGGAGGUGGCUAAGAUAGUGGAGCUCAUCCUCAAGGAGCCAAAGGACAGCCUUAUUGUCUUGAGUGGCUGCGGAACUUCAGGUCGCCUGGCUUUCCUCGUUGUGUCGGGGUUCAACAAAGCACUGAAGGAGAUGAACCGCAGUGAGGUCUAUGCAUACAUCAUUGCUGGAGGUGACAAAGCACUGCUCUCCUCCCAAGAGGCCCCAGAAGAUGACCCACACCUGGGCAUGAGCUGUCUUCUGAAGGUGUGCAAGGGGAAGAAGAGGGUCUUGUUCAUCGGGAUCUCCUGUGGACUUUCUGCUCCAUUUGUGGCAGGUCAGUUGGAGUUCUGCUUGCAACACCCGGAGGUUUUCACUGCUGUUUUAGUUGGUUUUAACCCGGCACAUCAGGCACGGAAUGAACCAAUACCAAACUGCACAUUCACUUUCCUCAGCGUGGUCCAAAGAAUGCAGGUGCUUGCCAAAAGUCGAAGGGCCUUUCUCAUCAACCCAUCAGUUGGGCCAGAGGCCAUUAGUGGUUCUUCCAGGAUGAAAGGAGGCAGUGCAACUAAAAUGCUCCUGGAGGUCAUCCUGUGUGCUGCUCAUGCUGCCGCUUUCUCUCACGUAACCACCACACACCAGGCUAUCAUAAAGCACCUGAAAGCCUAUGAGAAAACGGUUGAGGUCACAUAUGCUCAUAACACAGCCAUUGCUGGUUUGGUGGCUGCAGCUGGGAAGAGUUUACUCUCUAAGAAACGUGUGUGUUACCUGGGCUGGGUCAGCCUGGCUGUGCUGGGCCUCAUUGAUGCUAGUGAGUGUGAGCCAACAUUUGGAGCAGCCUUUGGCGAUAUUCAGGCGUUCAUAAGUGGAGGAUACAGAGCGCUCAACAACAAAGAGGGUUCCAUUUCUUUUCUGGGUCCCCAGUUUUGCAUUGCGCAUGAAGAGUUUUUGCUUCACGUCCUACCCACGCUUGAUGACCAGGACACUGUCAUUCUCAUCUACACACACACAGACAAUAUCACUGAAGUGAUGAAUGUAGCCCACCGAGUGAGGGAAAAGAUGUCUAACCUCCAUGCUAUUUAUCACCAGACUGAUGGAUAUUACGCUGAUGUUCAAGAAGAAAUAAAAGUGUUGUGUAAAUCCACUUUAACAUUUUCUUGGCAAUUACCGUCUUCUGGAAGUCUACAGCACAUGUGGGAGCUGUCCACCAAGUUGGUGCUGAACGCUGUGAGCACAGGCGCCCACAUCCUAAAGGGCAAGGUCUUUCACAACCACAUGAUCGACGUGCAAGUUACCAACAGCAAACUUUACCGCCGUGCUACACAUUUAAUCCAGAAAUUGUCUGGUCAUCCUGCGGCCAAGUGUGAGGAGGCUCUCCUGAAGGCUAUCUACCAGGUGGACCACCUGACUGAGGACAUUACCUCCUAUCCUGUGGCCACACAUUUUGCCACCGGCAAAGAAAGGACAAAGGUAGUGCCUUUGACCUUGGUCUCACUGCUGAGUGGUUGCUCUGUCGAGGAUGCAAGGUCUUUUCUGGAUUUGCAGCCAAUCAUACGGAAGGCCGUAGAGGCCUAUGUGCAGUAAUGCCCAAGAUAUAAACUUCAGCAACAAAUUACAUCAGACAUUCUUCUGUUAAAUUAGUUGAGUACUAAUGAAGAUGCACCUUGUUUAUAAAUGUUUCCAAUCCCAUGAGCUUCACAUUAUCCUCAAUUUUUAUCCACAUAUAUUUUCAACGCAGCAUGAAUUGCCAUAUUCAUUCGUGGAUGAGUCAGACAAUAAACAAGGCUGGAAGAAGUUUAAUUCAUUUUUUAGUUGGCUCACAUUCCAUGCAGUUUUUUUUUUUUUGUAGUACCAGCAUACUGGUUUGCAGAGAAGAGUUUGUCUACUUGAAGAGUGUUACACAAUAAAAGAAUGAACUAAUAAAUAAAAAUUAUAUUACAUUUUAAAAUAUUUUAGGGGUGACACCAUCAAAGCCUUAUGGGAAACCAACAUCCGCAUUCGGCAAAAUGAGAUGAAUCAUGUCCUUCUGGUUCUUUCUGUUCCCGGAACAAAGCACAAAGAUUAAAUGUCUACAAUUUAGUUUUACACAACGACUUCCACAGAUGAGCACAGCAGACAUUCAGACUAAAUGAUAUGGAUGAGUUUAACUAUGCCUGCCCAUACAUACCUUAACAUUACCAUCACCUUAGGCCACUCGACCCAAAAUGUUGACAUCAGCAAAUCGCUCAACCACACAGCGCCAUACGCGCGCUGUCUGCCAUCUGCCCUGCUCUGUGAAAACUGUGAUUUAUCUGUCAAGAGAACACCACUCGCCACAAGUUUUCCAAAACACCAUUGCAGACUGUUUGUGGAACAGAAAUGAACAUCGGAUUCAUGAGCAACAGUCAUGGUGGACAUUCUUGGAGUCAGCAUGUCAAAUUUGAGAAAUGUGUGGCUUUGUGCUGUUUGAUGAAGCUGCACAUUUUUGGAAUAGACACAUCUGUCCAAGAAAUGUACUAUCGGUACUUUGAAAUGCCGCAUCUGUGAGUUGGAUCGAUCCGUCUUGGCAAAGCAACAGUAAACAUUGUCAGAUUUAGACAGAUUUGGGAUCAUUUGAGAGGCCUUUGUGUGUGUGUUUUAAUUGUGCUUAUGAAAAAUGAUCUUUUUCAUAUUUUUGCCUUCGCUGACUGACAACCCAUGAACAAAAUCAAACCUGGACUUAAACUGUAUUUUUUGCUUUGACUUUUGUACCGUUUCAUUUUCCUUAAAAAACAAACCCAAAAAAUCUUGUGCAUUGCUUUUAUUUUGUAUUAACAUCAUAUGUCCAUGACUUUAGGUAUUUCAGGCAAAACAAUGAGUACACAAGCAGCCCACUCUUCAGCUCAUCCACUUGAGCAUGGCCCGAGUCCUUGUUUCUAUGGAUUCACACUCAUACUGAAUAACCAUGGUGACGUUUUUCAGACGGGGAUCUCAGUCUUCCAAGGACCCCAGCUGGGACUCCACUGAGGUCUUGGUGAACUGAUGAAGCAGAGCACCAUCUGCUGUUGCGCCUCCGUCCAUCCGCCCUGUCUCCUUCUGCUUUCCUGACUCAUCAGCGUCGGUGUCACGUGGACCUUUAGCGUCGGAGUCUUCAGCAUCGGCCUCCUCGUCCCCGGUCGCAUCGAUAUCACAGGUUGAACUAUGACCCUGUCAGUUAAAAAAAACUGAACUGACAAGUUGGACACCAAUUAAACGGUAUAAACCGUUUGAUCAAAGAACUCCCACAAGCAUGCCGAGCUAAGUUAAUUAAGGUAAGUGGUAGGUAAGUAGACUUACAUAAUGCCUUGUACAAACCGGGCCACUUCUCUCCAAAUGCAUCAUAAGACCGUUACAAUGAUGUGAAAAAAUACUUGUCCUCUUUACAAAUGAUUUCUUUUUUGGCAUAGAUAGUUUACUCACUUAACUGUUCAAGAUCAUCAAAUAAAUAUAAUUGCUGAGAUCUGUAUUACUUCUAAAAAUACUUUUACUCAAGUAGAGUAUUGGACCACCUGUGGUUGUCAGUAAUUAUGCAAAGUGGUUGCAAGAAAAGAAGUUGCAAGUCUUACCUCUUAAAGUGGAGGCAAGUUGUUGCAAAAACAAAACAGAUCUGUUCAGUCUGUCUAAUUGGAUAGCGAGAUUAUCUUCUCUUGAUGGCUUAGAAUUAGCAUUUAGACUGCACUAGGUCACAUUCGUCUUUGAGGCAGACUUGAACCCCUUCGUCCCGCUCACAAAGAGGAGUAGUUUUCUUCACUCAACAGCCCUUGUGGCUGCGAAUAGUUUUUAAUUGAAAAAAAAUAAAUGAUGACGUCCAUCGAUAUCAUCGGUAUACUUGUACACCUGUACACUGAACUCCAAUAGAUGCAAUACAGUCACUGCUUUAAAAAUAAUCCACUGGCACAAUGAAUAAUAAAGGUGUUGAUUCAGUGUGUUUGACCAAUAUUCAAAUUCUUUAACCAU